UUUAUCUGAAAAUAUUUGCAAAAACGAAAUAUAAUUCAUAAACAAUGCAUCAAGCUUACAAUAUACAUAAAAUUCUAAAACAAGGUGUUCAAAUUGAAUCAGUUGCCGCCUAUGAUAACAAUGUCAUCCUUGGCACACGUAGUGGUCAACUUAUCAUGUACUCCGUUGGCGAGAACGGUGCUGUGGAUAUGGUAAUGUUUAAUAAAAACUUCAGCAAAAAAGCCAUUGUACAGAUGCAGGUCAUACCAGCGGAACGUCUGCUUUUUGUGCUAACCGACAAUGUAGUACAUGUUUGUGAUAUUAGUCAAGUGGGUAGUAAUUUUACGUUUAUACAUAGUGCCAUGGCCACUAAAGGGUGUACACUCUUCGCUUUGGACGUAAAGCCUACCAAAUUACCAAAUGGCGAGAUGACAACUGUUAUUGGCAUAUGCUGUGCGAUAAAGCGUCAACUACAAUUCUUUUAUUGGAAACAGGAUAAGUUAAAUACGUUUAGCUACAGUAUCGAACUAAAAGAUGUGCCGAAAGCACUUUGCUGGGUAGACGACGCUGUUUGCAUUGGGUUCAAGGAUGAAUACGUCAUAUACAAUAUGCUCGCAAGUAAGCCUGAAAAACAUGAUUUGAUUGUGACUUCGUCAUCACACAGUAUGGAUCCCUGUAUUUGCCUUAUAAAGCACAAAAUGCUGGGAGUCUCUAAAGACCAAUAUCUUGUACCAAUUGAUCCUAGUGAAUAUGUUAAAACACCUGAUGAAAAGCUAAAGACACACGGUGCAAUGGAGGGAGCAGUUGGUAACUCUGAAGUUAAAAACAAGCCCAAGUUAAUGAUGUGGAGUAGUCCUUUACUCGAUAUAGUUUGGGAUGAACCGUAUGUAAUCGGUCGCGUAGCGAGUGGAAUUGAAGUGCGUAGUAUAGAUUCCGGUAGCAUUAAUAAAGACACGCUGGUUCAAACCAUUCCCGAGUUAAAUAAAACCAAAUUCUUAGUGCGCUCUUGCAAAGGUACAAUAUUUGCGGCAGCCAUUUCAGAAUUGUGGUGUAUACGUAUGGUAGAAGUGCCCACGCAACGUAAGAUUUUGCUACAACAAAAGAAAUUUCAAUUAGCAAUUGGAUUGACGAAUAUAUCUGAGGAGCCAGAUGAUAUCAAGGCAUCAACAAUACGCGAAAUACACAUGCGUUAUGCGCGCGAACUGUUCUGUAACAAACAGUUUAGCGACGCAAUGAAGGAAUUCGAAAAGGCUGCAGCUGAUCCAUACGAUGUUAUACGGCUGUUUCCAAAUUUGCUACAAGAUCAGGCACACAAGUCGACUGAAGUAGCCGUGCCCGCACCACCUACACCACAAUUAGAGGAAAAAGAAAUGGAAAAUGCAUUGUUAGCUUUGAUAGAAUUUUUGGCAUUAGCGCGUCAAAAAGAAGUGGUGAAGCUGCGUGACACCAAAAGUACAUCCAAAUCAUUAUUAUCCAUCAUCGAUACAACAUUAUUGAAAUGCUAUUUACAGACCAAUGAUUCUCUAGUUGCACCUUUACUACGCUUGAAUCAAUGUCAUUUGGAAGAGUCGGAAAAGACAUUAAAAAAACACGACAAAAUAUCGGAGUUGAUUAUACUAUAUCAAAUGAAUGGCAAACACAAGAAAGCUUUGGAACUGUUAAAAGCUCAAGCUUCGGUUGAAGGAUCGAGUCUGUACGGUUAUGAUCGUACAAUUAAAUAUUUACAACAGCUGGGUAGUCCGCAAUUAUCACUAAUUUUUGAAUUUUGCGACUGGGUGUUGACAGAAGCACCCGAAGAAGGCUUGCGUAUUUUUACGGAUAAUUUUAUUGAAGUGGAAAAUUUGCCACGUGCUAGUGUACUCGAUUUCUUACUUAGCCGCCAUAAGGCCUUGGUCAUACCUUACUUGGAACAUGUUAUUAAUAUAUGGAAAGACAGCAAUACCUUAAUGCACAAUGUAUUAGUAAAACAAUAUCGCGAAAAAGUGCACAACUUGCUCGAAGAUGUAAAGAAAGCUGAAGAGACAGAAAAAAGUGAUGCGUCGGAAAAUUUGCAGAAAUACCGUGAAAAGUUGUGUGAAUUUUUGAAAACUUCGCAGAAUUAUUCACCGGAAGUAGUGCUGAAAGAUUUCCCUACAAAUGAACUACUUGAAGAGCGUGUAUUGAUCCUAGGACGCCUGAAAGAACAUGAAAAAGUAUUGGCGAUAUAUGUGCAAGUGCUCGGCGAUGUACCUAAGGCUGCAGAAUAUUGUGAAGCAAAUUAUAAAGACGACAAAAACAUUUUCGUCACACUCCUAAAGACACUAUUAAAUCCGGCUCGACAACCUCCGUAUGAAGAUGUUGAACUACAUCCAGAUUUUUUACGCCCCAACCAGGACAUCAUAUUGGAUUUGCUAAAUAAAUAUGCGGAAAAAAUAGAUCCGUAUGUAAUCAUACCGUUACUGCCUGAUGAUAUGCCAGCAGAGCCCCUAUGGAAUUACUUAGAAAUUGUAUUGCGAGCUGAAAUCGCUGAAGAACAUGAAAGAGAGGUAAUGAUUGGACUGCUCAAAGCUGAAAUUAAACGUGUGAGAAAAGAAAUACGUGCCGAGGAGAGUAAAUAUGUUGUGCUAACGGAGUUCACAGUAUGUCCACUAUGUAAGAAACGAUUCACAAAUCCACCCUCUUUCGUGCGUUAUCCCAAUGGGGAAGUGGUACAUUUAUCUUGUCACGCUAAAUACGCUCAAUCUAGCUCAACAUCUAGUAGUUAGAUAUUUAGAACAUUAAAUUGUUAAUAUUAAUUGUAUAUAUAUGCAUAUAUUAUAAGUUCAAUUAACUGAUUUCUUUUUAUAUUCAAUUUAAUACGCUUCCAAGUAUGGACAACUUUUGAAUAUUAGUUACAUUAAAGCAGUGUUUUAGCAGUACCAGCAAAUAUUAACACUGUUGAUUGAUAAAUAAAAAGUAUAACGCCCACCUAAUCGCAAUCUGGGUGCAAAUUUAUAUCUUUUA